CUUCAUCCCAAACAGCGAACACACCGCAACUUCAGCUCAGACAGCGCCACCUGCUGGACAGACCGAUCAAAGAUGCAGAGGAGCUUCGCUGUUUUCUGCGUGUCGCUCAUCUUUUGCGCCACCCUGUCAGAAACCAUCGGCCUGGUUAUUGCGGCGAAGGAGAAGCGCGGCUGGACUCUGAACAGCGCCGGCUACCUGUUAGGUCCCCGUCGUAUUGAUCACCUAAUUCAGAUAAAGGAUUCCCCCAGUGCCAGAGGCAGAGACGAGCUGGUCAAUCAAUACGGCAUAGAUGGACACAGGACACUAGGAGACAAGGCGGGUCUGGCUGGGAAGAGAGACAUGGCCCAGGAGGACGACGUCCGGACAGGUCCUCUGCGAAUAGGAGAUGAAGACAUCAUCCACACCGUCAUCGAUUUCCUGUCCUACCUCAAACUUAAAGAGAUGGGAGCCUUGGACAGCCUGCCAUCUCCUCUCACAUCAGAUGAACUGGCCAAUCCCUGACUUCUCUCCUCCCACAUAGGCCCAAAUGUUUGGCCUCCCACCGUCCUAAAUGUCUCAUUAUCUUAACUCCACAGGAAAACAUAUAUUCUCCAACUAUAAAUCUUGGAUAUUUUUGUU